GAAUGUGGGGCCGAGUAGAGGGCUGGCAUUGCCAGGCUGCAGUGAGGGCAGGAUCGGGAGAACCUGGAUGUGCCAUGUCCUCGGUUUGUGGGGUUUUCUUCCCAGCAUCUGUAAGCAGCCCAGAUUGAGGUGUGGGAAAAUGGACGUGUGUAUUGCUGUGGGUUGGAGCUUUUCCAGGCAAACAGGACAAAGGACAGUUGAUCAGGGGAAUGGAGGAUUUUGGUAAGACAUUGUUGACGGGGGGUUUGCACUCAAACAGAGGAAACAGACCUUGAAUAAAUGAUGAAACAUGAUGUAUGCUGUGACCAGUGCUAAGGAGAUCAAGAAGGAAGGCCCAGGGGCUAGAGCAUGAUGAGGUUCCGGUUCUGUGGUGAUCUGGACUGUCCCGACUGGGUCCUGGCAGAGAUCAGCACGCUGGCCAAGAUUUCUUCGGUGAAGCUGCGGCUGCUGUGUAGCCAGGUGCUGAAGGAGCUUCUGGGACAGGGGAUUGAUUACGAAAAGAUCCUGAAGCUCACUGCUGACGCCAGGUUUGAGUCGGGCGAUGUGAAGGCCACGGUGGCAGUGUUGAGCUUCAUCCUCUCGAGCGCGGCCAAGCACAGUGUGGAUGGCGAGUCCUUGUCCAGCGAACUGCAGCAGCUAGGGCUGCCCAAAGAGCAUGCAGCCAGCCUGUGUCGCUGUUAUGAGGAGAAGCAAAGCCCCCUGCAGGAGCACCUGCGGGCCAGCAGCCUGCGUGUGAACAGGCUGGCAGGUGUGGGCUGGCGGGUGGACUACACCCUGAGCUCCAGCCUGCUGCAGUCCGUGGAUGAGCCCAUGGUCCACCUGCGGCUGGAGGUGGCAGCUGUCCCGGGUGCCCCGGCCCAGCCUGUUGCCAUGUCUCUCUCAGCAGACAAGUUCCAAGUCCUGCUGGCAGAACUGAAGCAGGCCCAGACCCUGAUGAGCUCCCUGGGCUGAGGAGGAGAGUGUUUGGGGCCCAUGUGGAGCUGCCCUAUCCCUGUCGCUGCCCUCCGAACUUCUCUUCAGGUGGUGGCCCCAGCUCCAGGACCCUAAGGGCCUGGCCUCAGACCUCUGGCUUCCUAGGUUCCCACUUAAGAACUCAGCAUCGGGAUCCUGACGACUUGCCCAGUAUUGCCUUCCCUUCCCCAUGAAGGGCACUUGUCAGUGAUUUUAACAAGCAGGAAGAAUAAACAGAAGUGUAGAGGA